AGUUCUUUUGCACCAUAAUCAGUGAGUGACCCGAAAGGUUUUCGAAAUGGCCGGUAUUCUUCUUCAUCUUCCAAACCUAAUCACCAUCUCCAUCAUUCUCAUCUUCUUGGCGGCCACAACUCCGUCCAUCGGAGCCGAUCAUCAUCAUGAAUUCGAAGGGAAACCCAUAAAUCGCAAAUUAAUCGGACUCAAAAAAGAGAAACUGAGCCACUUCCGAUUCUACUGGCACGACAUCCUCAGCGGCAACAAUCCCACGGCCGUGCAAGUAGUUCCACCGGCGUCGAACACCUCCGCCACCGCCUUCGGUUUGAUUAAUAUGAUCGACGAUCCUCUCACAUUAGCCCCCAAUUUGACCUCCAAAAUGGUGGGUAGGGCUCAGGGGUUUUAUGCCUCGGCAUCGCAACAAGAUCUGGGAUUGUUGAUGGUCAUGAAUUUCGCUUUCUCUGAGGGCAAAUACAAUGGAAGCACCCUCACCGUGCUUGGCCGGAACUCCGUCUUUACUCCGGUGAGGGAGAUGCCGGUCAUCGGAGGCAGCGGACUUUUCCGAUUUGCGAGGGGAUAUGUUCAGGCCAAGACUCAUACAGUGGAUCUCACCACUGGAGAUGCCUGUAUUGAGUAUAAUGUUUAUGUAAUGCAUUAUUGAUUUUUUUUUUUUUUCCUCUGGUUUGGUAGCUUCAAUCAUUAUGCUAUGAGAAGUGUUUGGGUGUUUGAGGUGUAU